CUUCCCUGCCCUCCUUGAAGAGCUCCUGGAUCCCUCCCCCAGGUGGGACAAGCAGGCUUGAGGCUCCCAGGGGAGAGCGAUCUCCAGCCCUGCCCUGCCCUGCCCCGCAGCACACCAUGACCCUCCUGCUGUUGCCCGUCUUGCUGGCCUCCCUUCUCCCCUCCAGCUCCUGUAACAAAGCCAACAAGCAUAAGCCAUGGAUCGAGGCAGAAUACCAGGGGAUCGUCAUGGAGAACGACAACACGGUCCUGCUGAACCCACCACUCUUUGCCUUGGACAAGGACGCCCCCCUGCGUUAUGCAGGUGAGAUCUGUGGCUUCCGGCUGCAUGGGUCUGGGGUGCCCUUUGAGGCGGUGAUCCUGGACAAGGCGACAGGAGAAGGGCUGAUCCGGGCCAAGGAGCCGGUGGAUUGUGAGGCUCAGAAGGAGCACACCUUCACCAUCCAGGCCUACGACUGUGGCGAGGGUCCUGACGGGGCCAACACCAAGAAGUCCCACAAGGCAACGGUGCAUGUGCGGGUCAAUGAUGUGAAUGAGUUUGCCCCCGUGUUUGUGGAGCGGCUGUACCGUGCAGCUGUGACGGAGGGGAAGCUGUAUGAUCGCAUCCUGCGGGUGGAAGCCAUCGAUGGCGACUGUUCCCCGCAGUACAGCCAGAUCUGCUACUACGAGAUCCUCACGCCCAACACCCCCUUCCUCAUCGACAAUGACGGGAACAUUGAGAACACGGAGAAGCUGCAGUACAGUGGUGAGAAGCUCUACAAGUUUACAGUGACGGCUUAUGACUGCGGGAAGAAGCGGGCAGCAGAUGACGCGGAGGUGGAGAUCCAGGUGAAGCCCACCUGUAAACCCAGCUGGCAAGGCUGGAACAAAAGGAUUGAAUAUGCACCAGGUGCUGGGAGCUUAGCUUUGUUCCCUGGUAUCCGCCUGGAGACCUGUGAUGAACCGCUGUGGAACAUUCAGGCCACCAUAGAGCUGCAGACCAGCCACGUGGCCAAGGGCUGUGACCGUGACAACUACUCAGAGCGGGCAUUACGGAAACUCUGUGGUGCUGCCACUGGGGAGGUGGAUCUAUUGCCCAUGCCGGGCCCCAAUGCCAACUGGACAGCAGGGCUCUCCGUGCACUACAGCCAGGACAGCAGCCUUAUCUACUGGUUCAAUGGCACCCAAGCUGUGCAGGUGCCCGUGGGUGGCACAGCUGGGGUGGGCUCUGGGUCCCAGGACAGCUUCAGUGACCACUUUACCCUGUCCUUCUGGAUGAAGCAUGGUGUGACUCCCAGCAAGAACAAGAAGGAAGAGGAAACCAUCGUGUGUAACACUGUCCAGAAUGAGGAUGGCUUCUCUCACUACUCACUGACGGUCCAUGGCUGCAGAAUUGCCUUCCUCUACUGGCCCCUGCUUGAGAGUGCCCGCCCGGUCAAGUUCCUCUGGAAGCUGGAGCAGGUCUGUGAUGAUGAGUGGCACCACUAUGCUUUGAACCUCGAGUUCCCCACAGUCACACUCUACGCUGAUGGCAUUUCCUUCGACCCCGCCCUCAUCCAUGACAAUGGCCUCAUCCAUCCGCCCCGAAGAGAACCUGCUCUCAUGAUUGGGGCCUGCUGGACUGAGGAGAAGAGCAAAGAGAAGGAAAAAGGAGGAGACAACAGUAUGGACCCAGCACAAGGAGACCCCUUGCCGAUCCACCACUACUUUCAUGGCUACCUGGCUGGUUUCAGCGUGCGCUCAGGUCGCCUGGAGAGCCGCGAGGUCAUCGAGUGCCUCUAUGCAUGUCGGGAGGGGCUGGACUAUAGGGAUUUCGAGAGCCUGGGCAAAGGCAUGAAGGUCCACGUGAACCCCUCGCAGUCCCUGCUCACCCUGGAGGGGGAUGAUGUGGAGACCUUCAACCAUGCCCUGCAGCAUGUGGCUUACAUGAACACUCUGCGCUUUGCCACGCCUGGCGUCAGGCCCCUGCGCCUCACCACUGCAGUCAAGUGCUUCAGCGAGGAAUCCUGUGUCUCCAUCCCUGAGGUGGAAGGCUAUGUGGUAGUUCUUCAGCCCGAUGCCCCCCAGAUCCUGCUGAGUGGCACUGCUCAUUUUGUCCGCCCAGCCAUGGACUUUGAGGGGCCCGAGGGGGUCCCUUUGUUCCCUGACCUUCAAGUUACUUGCUCCAUUUCUCACCAAGUGGAGGCCAAAAAGGAUGAGAGUUGGCAGGGCACAGUGACAGACACACGCAUGUCGGAUGAGAUCGUGCACAACCUGGACGGCUGUGAGAUUUCUCUAGUGGGGGAUGACCUGGACCCCGAGCGGGAAAACCUGCUCUUGGACGUGGCAUCCUUGCAGCAGCGAGGGCUGGAGCUCACCAACACAUCUGCCUACCUCACCAUUGCUGGGGUGGAGAGCAUCACUGUGUACGAGGAGAUCCUGAGGCAGGCUCGUUAUCGACUGCAACAUGGAGCUGCCCUCUAUGCCAGGAAAUUCCGGCUCUCCUGCUCAGAAAUGAAUGGCCGUUACUCCAGCAAUGAAUUCAUCGUGGAGGUCAAUGUCCUGCACAGCAUGAACCGAGUUGCCCACCCCAGCCACGUGCUCAGCUCCCAGCAGUUCCUGCACCGUGGUCACCAGCCACCCCCUGAGAUGGCUGGACACAGCCUGGCCAGCUCCCACCGAAACUCUAUGGUCCCGAGUGCAGCAACUCUCAUCAUUGUGGUGUGUGUGGGCUUCCUGGUGCUCAUGGUCAUCCUGGGCCUGGUGCGUAUCCACUCCCUUCACCGCCGUGUCUCGGGGGCCGGGAGCACCCCAGGGACCUCCAGUGACCCCAAGGACCCUGACCUCUUCUGGGAUGACUCAGCUCUCACCAUUAUCGUGAACCCCAUGGAGUCCUACCAGAACCGGCAGGUCUGCGUGGCAGGGGCUGCUGGUGGCCAGCAGGAGGACGAAGACAGCAGUGACUCAGAGGCAGCAGACUCCCCUAGUAGCGAUGAGAGACGCAUCAUUGAGACUCCACCACACCGUUACUAAGACCUACGCCCCUCCCCAAACAGAGAAUUCUGCCCUGGUGGGACAGAGGCACCCCCAGAAAAAGGAGAAGGACGUUCUGAGAGAAGAGAGACCAAGAGCUCCUCAGAGGGAGUCGCCCUUUAAUCCCAAAAUCCCAGUGGGUCCCACUGGAGCCUGCUCCCCCUCCCCCUCCACUCCUCCCUCCUCUGAACCCUCCUGAGGCCCCUGAACCCCUUGUCUCUGGCCUAUCACCCCUCUGGACUGCUUCUCCUGUGGGCAGGCCUGGGCUAGCUGCUUUGGAAAGGUAGCUGGAGGACUUUGGCUGUCUUUUCUGCUCCCAUGGCAGUCGACCCUUAGCUUUGUCUCCCCUCUACAACCACCACUGACAUACUGUAUGGGUAGGGGGAGUCUAUAGCAAUGGCAGGGUCAGGGGUGGCAUUGAAGGAAACCUUCCCCACUCUCUUCUGUCCAUGGGAAGCCUUUCUCCCUCUGGGCUCACUCAGCUGGGCGUUCCCUGCUUCUCUUGUGAUCCUCCACCACCUCUGUUUCCAUUUCACUCUGGGGAUCCCUGCUUCUCUCCCUUUCCCAGUUACUUUCCUGUUUUGUCCUCUUCCCCUCCUACCCUUGCAAUCCUGAGGUCCUACAGCCCCUGCCCCUUCCUUCAUGACCUGGCCCUGGCUAGGUUGUGGGGCUGGAGGGGCGUAGGGCCCAGGUGUAUUAUAUAUAAUGUAUAUUUUUUCAAUGUUGUCGUGAACGCAGCCCCUGUGUUACUGUGUGCAGCUCACAGCCUUGUGUGUAUGUGUGUGUGCAGCAUUGUCAUGUCCUGGGGUGGAGUAGGGUUAUGGGUAUGGUGAGGGAGGGGACACACCCUAAAGUUUUCGAAUAAAACAACUAGAAAAAAUUUCAUGAGCUGCCUCCUGCCUGUUGCCUGUUCCUGCGUGGGCGCUGGUGGCAGGCUGUCUUGUCCCAGGUGCCAUUUGGGUGUGUGAGCAGAGCUGAGAUGAGGGCCCCAGGGCUGGUUGUCUUGGGUGCCAUAACCUGGUAAAUCCCCAGAACGCAAGGCCACUGGUAGAGAAAGUUGGAGGCAGAUGGCUUUCACUGCUUCCUUCCCUGAGCACCUCCUGGAAAAGUAUCGACAAUUCAGGGAAUGCAACAGACCCCUGAGUAGAUAGAUGCUCAAUGUACUGUGAGAGCUGCUCCCCAUCACUUGGAAGUAGAUUUCCAAGGAGCCUCUGGUUGGACUCAAAUCACCAACCUUUGAGUUAGCAGCAAGUGUGUUAAC